UCAAAAAACUUCCGUACGCGCCCUCCGUUGGCAUUCGUCUUGCUCACAAAAAAAAAAAAAAUCAGUGAGGAGUAGGGCAGAGCAACAAUGGCGCUUCUUCUUGUUCUUCACAUUCUUCUUAUACAUCUCGAUUUCUCUUCUUCUCUGACGAUUCCACUCGGUUCCACGCUUCAAGCCUCAAAUCUCAACCACUCAUGGUCUUCUCCCAACUCCGAUUUCUCCGUUUCCUUCGUUCCCGCCGUUUCACCUGGGUCUUUCCUCGCCUCCGUCACGUUUUCCGGAGGGAUUACUAUUUGGUCGGCCGGAGCCGUCGAUUCCGGUGGAUCUCUCCGCCUUCUCCGGUCUGGUUCCCUCCGCCUCAUCGAUGGCUCCGGCGCCACCGUAUGGGACUCCGGCACGGAGAGCCUCGGUGUUGCCUCCGCCUCUCUGGAUGACUCAGGCAACCUUGCACUCCUCAACGGCAGGAACAUGACUGUCUGGUCGUCGUUCGACCACCCGACUGACACGAUUGUCCAGUCGCAGAAUUUCACGGUCGGUAAGGUUCUCCGAUCUGGUUCUUACUCAUUUCAGCUUCUGCAAACUGGGAAUCUCACUCUCAAGUGGAACAAUAGUGUAAUUUACUGGAACCAGGGGCUUAAUUCUUCAUUUGAUUCAAAUCUUUCGUCUCCGAGUUUCGUUUUGCAAAGCAAUGGAGUGGCGUCGGUCUUCGAUUCCACAUUGUCAACCGCCGCAAUUGCGGUUUACAGCAGCGAUUACGGAGAAGGAGACAAUGUAUUUCGGUUUGUGAAGUUAGACGAUGAUGGAAACUUGAGAAUCUAUGCUUCCACAAGAGGCGGUCAAACGAAAACGCCACGAUGGGCUGCUGUUAUGGAUCAGUGUCAAGUGUUUGGUUACUGCGGAAACUAUGGGAUUUGUACUUACAAUGAUUUAGGCACAAUUUGCGAGUGUCCAUCUGAGAACUUUGUUCCUCUUGAAGUGAACGAUAUGAGAAAAGGCUGCAGAAGGAAAGUGGAGCUCGAGGAUUGCCGUGGAAAUGAAGCCAUGCUUGAUUUGAUGAACACUAGGUUCUUGACAUAUCCACCCGAAGUAUCUUCCCAGCGUUUUACCCUUGGCGUAUCGGCUUGUAAGUUCAACUGUCUUGCUGGGAGUUUCUGCGUUGCUUCUGUUCCAAUGUCUGAUGGAUCUGGUUAUUGUUUCCUUAAACCACCUGGUUUUGUUAGUGGCUACAAGAAUCCUUCACUUCCCAGCACCUCUUCUAUCAAGGUAUGUAAACCGGGUAUGCCCAAUCCUUCUCUAGCAACAGCUAAGAAAAGUGACAAACGGCAAAAGCUUCAUGUGUGGAUCAUUGUGGUUGUUGUCAUAGCUACGCUUCUUGGUUUACUCGUGUUAGAGGGGUCUUUGUGGUGGUGCUGCUGCAGAGAUUGCAACCAGUUUGGAACGUUGUCUGAACAGAAUUCUUUUCUCGAGUAUGCUUCUGGGGCUCCCGCGCAGUUCUCAUACAGAGAGCUUCAGCGCUGCACCAAACAGUUCAAGGAGAAGCUCGGGGCCGGAGGUUUUGGCACUGUGUACAGAGGCAUGCUCACGAACAGAACUGUUGUUGCUGUGAAGCGGCUGGAAGGGAUAGAGCAAGGAGAGAAGCAGUUCAGGAUGGAAGUUGCCACCAUAAGCAGCACACACCAUCUGAAUUUGGUCAGACUGAUCGGUUUCUGCUCUGAGGGACGCCACAGGCUUCUUGUCUACGAGUUUAUGAAAAACGGAUCACUCGAUAACUUCCUUUUCUCUGCAGAUUCAGGAAAGCUGUUGAAUUGGGAAUCCCGUUUCAACAUGGCCCUUGGAACGGCAAAGGGAAUCGUUUACCUCCAUGAGGAAUGCCGGGAUUGUGUCGUCCAUUGCGAUAUUAAGCCCGAGAACAUUCUCUUGGAUGAAAACUACGCUCCCAAAGUCUCGGAUUUCGGGCUUGCCAAACUCCUCAACCACAAAGAAAACAGAAACAGAAACCUGAGCAGUGUCAGAGGAACUCGAGGGUACCUAGCACCAGAAUGGCUCGCAAAUCUUCCCAUAACCUCGAGAUCUGACGUCUACAGCUAUGGUAUGGUUCUUCUGGAAAUAGUCAGCGGGAGGCGGAACUUCGACAUCUCAGAGGAAACCAAUCUCAAGAAAUUCUCAAUCUGGGCUUACGAGGAAUUCGUGAAGGGCAACACUCAAGCUAUCUUAGACAAACGUCUCGAGACAGAUGGAACGGUGGUUAUGGAACAAGUGACGAGGAUGGUUCGGAUCAGUUUCUGGUGCAUACAAGAGCAGCCAUCUCAGAGACCGUCAAUGGGGAAAGUGGUUCGGAUGCUAGAAGGAAUCGCAGAGAUAAGCAUUCCACCAACUCCAAAGGCCUUAGCCGAAGUGUCGGUUUCAGGGCAGAACAAGAACUCGAGUUGCUAUAUCAGCAGUUCGAUGGUGUCUACGUCGGCCCGGUGUCUGCCCUCAUCUUCUUCCUCACUAACUGCAGAGAUGUCAUCGUCCGCUUCUAGAAGAAACGCGGGUGGGACUUCUUCCUUGAAUGAGACCUGAUGAUUGCAGAAUACACACCAAAAUCUCGGAGCAUUAGCAUGUUAUGGAGUUUUGCAACCUUCUGUACCGGAAGAGAAACAUGGAUGGACAGCUCGUCCUUCUCAGCGACGGCGUGACUCUCAAGAUCAAAGCCGUGGCAGAGACGGGAAUUUCUGAUGGCCAAAAACGGCAAGGAGUUCGCGGUGUUUAUGAGGCCUUGGCUUUAGAGCGGCAGGGAGUGCUUUACUCAAAAAGCCAGAUUGUAACACGGCAAGGAGUUUCUGUCUCGACAAUCAACCUGGGAUGGAGUUCACUUGAAACAACAGGGAGUUUUCCACACGGCGAGACGUUCUCAAAACCCUUAACUAUAAACGGC